UAGAGACGAUACCACAGAACACCCCAGCACCAUUGCACAACAAGAAACACAGGAAGAUUGCUAACCCCAUUAUCUGAUUCGUUUGUGCAGGAUCAAGACAGUAUCCAAAUGGGAUGGCAUCCAGAACUGGUCACAUUUUUAGACUGUUCUCCAUGCUCAAACCUCCCAUCGUACACUGUCAGAUAGCCAUGCUGGCUAUCCCUGCCGAAGUACUGCUGAAGGUACAUGAAGCUACCAACGGACAGRCCCCCUUCYUGAUUGAGAACUUGUCUUUCARUGAUUGGGMGRCCCUGGUUGCCGUCAUGCAAACMAGACCCCAGGAASUACCUGACAAGAUCAAAGAGCUCGYUGCGAAUAUCCUAGAGGUGUGCAGGAAGUCAGCCAUUGAGAACAGAGAAAUUGGCCUCAUCAUCGCCAAGGCCGAAAAGGUCAUUCUCGACCUCCACGRCUAUGACACCUCACAUCUGGACACCGCAKGACRKAUCUCCACUAGCGAUCCUGGUGACACAUUCACCAAUACAUAUAUCAGCAGCAUCGCUCUCACUCCUGCAAAACUAGAAUACUUCCAAAAGAAGGAGGCGAUUCGAACGGAGUCUGCCCACAUCGACAUGUCCACUCCAGCUAGAGGCACGAACCACAAAUUCGCAAAGAGCAGCUCGUUCUUACCGCUAGCUUCAAGCACCKGGACGGAGAAGGAGGUACAGCGAGUCCACAACCGCCUAUGGAAGCAGGACUCCUUCAACUACACGGCAMCUAUCAGUGUCGAUGCAUACAUSGCACUGGCAGGGCUGACCAAUGCAGAMAUAGACAACUGCCGCACCGCUGCCCGGAAUGCGACUAUACACUUUCCUACCGGAAGGGCCGGCCUUGAUGCAGAUUUCCCUCCGAUUUCCAAUUUGGAGAAGGGGAAAUGUACCAAGAAGCCAUUGUUGCACCAGAAGGGGAUUCCGAAAUUCCCAGCAGACCUACAAGAACUGAAGAAGCUGUGGAAUGCGGGGAGACCCUUUCUCAAGAGCCCCUGUCUCGGAUGCGAGAUCAAUUUCACAUGGCUGGACCACAUGAUCUGGUAUGUCAUCGGCAACCUUAACAAGCUGGACCCGCAAGCACCUUCCGACAAGAUCAGGAUGUUAGAAUUCCAAGCACUGCUACGAACUUCUUGGAAGAAGUCGAUCAUGGCGUAGAUCACGUUCAUCUUCAUGCGGGAAUACAUGAUGAAGAUCCUGCACCUCAUCACUGAGAACAAAGCCAUCACUGCCGA